UGUACAACAGCUGAGCGAGAGAGCAAGAGAGUGAGAGAGAGAGUGAGAGAGAGAGAAGCGCUGCCCCCAGCUCAACCCAAACCGGCCCGACUCUGUAAACGUUCCGUCCAUGGUUGAGGCACCGAGUGAGAGAGUCCGGUGAAAAUGGACAAAGGCCGUCAGAGAUUGCCACAACUUUCGCCCAAUUAGCAGCACAAGGGAGCAGGAGCAGGAGCAGGAGCAGCUGGAGCAGCAGCAGUAGUAAGCAUCAAGAUUGGCGGAACGGCACUGUAAAUAUUUGCGAAUCUCCACACAAAGCUGCACACGAGCAAACAUACGUUCACAAUACAAUAGAGACUAGGAAAUAGGAUUCGGCAACAAAGCGCGCUUGGAUCGAGCCCAUUAGGACAUUAGGCAGACAUACAAAGCGGCCGAAGUAAACGAAAGAGUCAAGGACACGGCACAAGUUCCUAUAAAUGACCGAGUCCACUCAGCUGCAAACGGCGGAGAAUAACAACGCGGGCGUGGUCAAAAUGGAGCCACCGCCACUGGCGACCUCCACCCACUCGCACACGCACGCCCUGGCCUCUACAGCAGCCGCUGGCGCCGGCACGGCGCUAUCCCCAGCAACGCCGCCCCUGCCACAGCAGCAGCAGCAGUCGCAGCAGCAGCAGCAUUAUGCGCUUAAAUGGAAUGAUUUUCAAACGUCAAUACUCAGCUCGUUUCGGCACUUGCGGGACGAGGAGGACUUCGUGGAUGUGACGCUCGCCUGCGACGAGCGCUCCUUCACCGCACACAAGGUUGUUCUCAGCGCCUGCAGUCCCUACUUUCGCAAGCUGCUUAAGGCCAAUCCCUGUGAGCAUCCCAUUGUCAUAUUGCGCGAUGUGCGCAGCGACGAUGUUGAGAACCUGCUGAGCUUCAUGUACAAUGGCGAGGUGAAUGUGAGUCAUGAGCAGCUGCCGGACUUUCUGAAGACGGCGCACUUGCUGCAGAUACGCGGCCUGGCGGAUGUCAACGGCGGCUAUCCCUACUCGAAGGCGCUCUCCGCGGCACUCAGCAACAGCAGCAACAGUAGCAGCAACAACAACAACAACAACAACAAUAAUAAUGCAGAAAGCAGUAACAACAACAACAAAAUUAGCAACUAUUUACCCACAGCGCUGAAUGCCAACAGCAACAGCAGCGCCAGCGCCAACAACAGCCACAACCAGAGCCACAGCCAGAACCAGAACCAGAACCAGAGCCAGAGCCAGAGCUCGACAUUUAGCACUCCACAGACGCCGGCAACAGGGUCGGCAUCCAGUGCGGUAGCUGCUGCCGCUGCCUCGCUGACGGCAGCCGUUGCGGCGGCCGCUGCCAGCCUGCCACUGAGCAGCGGGAGCAGCCAGGGUCAGGCGGGCCAGCGGGAGUCGGGCGCAGCACAGAGCGGCAGCAGCAGCAGCGGCACGCCCGCCAUCCAGGAGCUGAAGGCAUCCGCAGCGUCGCCCGUAAGAAACUCAAAUCCCAAUCCAAGCAAAGCCAGCAGCAACAACCACUGGGAUCUGAGCGACAUGGAGGGCAGUCGCAAGAGUCACCUGACACCGCCGCCACAGAAGCGCAUCAAGAGCGCGGAUCUGUUUCGGGCACAGCACGGCAUCAGUCCGGAGCGUUUGCUAAUCGAUCGCGACUUUCCCGUGGCGGGGCAACAUCCAUUGACGCGCAACCGCAGCCGCGACACGUCCAAGGAUCGCGAUCGCAACCUGGAGCUGCGCGAGUCUCUGCUCGGCCAGGCACUGGAGAACAGCAACGGACAGCAGGCCAAUCAGAAACACGAUCUCGGCCAGAGCGCCGGCGAGGACUCCAAUAGCAGCGAUACGGAACCCUCGGAUCGUGGCGAUGGCCACCACGACGGCACUCUCGAUGGCAUGGACAAUCAGCGCUCGCACUCCUUUCCAAAUGCAUUCCUCGGCCUGCAGGGCAUACCCGGCCUGCUGCCAGGACCUUCCGGCCUAGGCGGCAGUGAUUUUGUUUCGCGUCGCUCGCUGGAGAUGCGCGUGCGUGCCACGGAUCCGCGACCCUGCCCGAAGUGCGGCAAGAUCUAUCGCUCGGCCCACACGCUGCGCACCCACCUGGAGGACAAGCACACGGUGUGCCCCGGCUACCGGUGCGUGCUGUGCGGCACCGUGGCCAAGUCGCGCAACUCGCUGCAUUCGCACAUGUCGCGGCAGCAUCGCGGCAUUUCCACGAAGGAUCUGCCCGUGCUGCCCAUGCCGAGCGCCUUCGAUCCAGAUCUCGCCUCGCGGCUGCUGGCCAAGGCCGGCGUCAAGAUAUCGCCCGCGGAGCUGCGCGCCCGUGCCUCGCCCACCGGCGGCAGCGGCAGCAGCGGCGGCGCUGGCAACGGCGGCAACGGCUCCCAGAAGCUGGACCUGAGCAAUGCCAGCGGUGGCCCCCUGGACGACGCCGAUGACUCCGACGACGACCCCGAGGAUCUGACCACCGGCAGCGUGCUCUACGGCAACAAUGCCAACGACCUGAGCCGCUACCACGAGAGCUUGCUGAGCAACUUCGGGCAUGCCAACACCACCAUUUCGCGCAUGCGGACCGAGGCUGCGGCGGCGGCAGCUGCAGCGGCUGCCAUUGGCCAGCAGAAGGAACUCAACGCCGCUGCCGGCGGCAGCAGCAAUGCGGGGCAAUCGCUCCUGGACACCUAUCUGCAGUUCAUCACGGAGAAUACUUUCGGCAUGGGCAUGACGCAGGAGCAUGCGGCUGCAGCGGCGUUGCAUGCCGCCAAGAUGGCGCAGCUGAAUGCCAUGGGUCACAGUCUGGACAAACUGCCGGCGGGUCUGCUGCCAGCCCAGUUCGACCUCAGCAAGCUGGCCGGCGCGGCUGGCGCAGCAGCGAGUGGCUUCGGCCAGGGCGCCGCUGGACUCUCCAUUGAGCCAAUCCUGAGACGCGACCAACAGCAGCAGCAGCAGCAGCACGGGAACAGCCUCUCCCCUGAUGCGAACGGAGCGCUGGGACUCAGCUCGAUGGCUCAUAUGCAUGGCAAUCUGGGCGCUGGCGCGGGUGGGGAGCCCGAUGAAGUGGAUGUGGAUGCCGAGGCUGAGAUACGACGGGAUGGGUCAGAGCCCAUGGACUUGGGCCUGGGCCUCGACAACAACAAUCAGUCGGGCAGCAACAAUGAGGCAAACAAUUCCGAUGCCGAGGAUAACUUCUCUGAGGAUGAGGGCGUGCAUCACACAUAAGCUAGAGGCAAUACACACACACACAAAGAGAGACAGAGAGAGAGAGAAAGAGAGAGAGAGAGAGAGAGAGGGGAGAGAGAGAAACACGCAUACACACCUAAAGAGAGCGGGUCGUUUAUAAGAGAGAAAAAGAUAUUACGAUAUUAGGAUAUUACGGUAUUCGCAUAUCGCAUUUUGAAGAACAAUAGAUGUAUUACGAUAUU